AUGGACGACCUACCUGUGGAGAACCCUCCUAUCCGCGUCAAGAAAUCCACGUUGCGGCAAUUCAAAAAAGCGAAGAAACAUUUGGUCAAAAUCUGUAAAUACGAAACCUUCGUUUCUUGCCUGGUUGGCUUAUAUACCUGCCAGUGGCAAGACCAGAACCGCAAGAAGGUUAAACCAGGACUCUGGUGUUGCCAUAAGGGAGAAUGCAUGUAUUUUUCUCUCUUGGUUCUGGCGUUCAGCUUUUCCUUCGUCUUUCUAUAUAUGUGGGGAGAAGCCAGGAAUGACUACAACAGCUUUGAUUGGUACAGCUUCAUAAAUUUAGGCUACUGGUUUCACUGGUCGACUUUCCUGCUGUUUCUGGCGGUCUUCGUCUUCUCCUACCUUUUCUUCUUAAUCUUUAUAGCAGUUUUACUCCUGUUUGAAAGACAAGAGUUGGAACUGCACUGGUGCCAUAAGCGCUUGGCCCUUUUCACCCUCUUCCUUUCCUUCACCGGCUUAGCAGUUAUCACAAUGUUUUGGACCCGUCAGUGGCACACGUUCUACCUGUCGUUUCAGGUGACAGCUCCUUUCCUUCACGUGGUUGCCAUAUUCACCAUGGUCCUCUUGGCUUGGCCGGUGUCUCUGCAUUUCUUCCGGGUACGUGAUAAAGUCCUACAGGCGUUGAUUCUUACUCCUUACCUGGUUGUCCUUAUCUACCUUAUCUUCGUUCCCCUGGGCAUGUACUCCCCCUGCAUCCGAGAGAAGGGGACUCUCGGUCCGAAGCCAGCCCUGAUUGGUCACAGAGGAGCCCCUAUGCUGGCUCCUGAAAAUACCGAGAUGUCGUUUGCUAAAACCAUCGAUCAUGGCGCUAUCGGUCUGGAGACGGACGUCACCAUUAGCUACGACGGCGUGCCCUUCCUCAUGCACGACCACUCCUUAAAGAGGACCACCGACGUUGAGCAUCUCUUCCCUCAUUUGAGGGGCGAAGACCCAGCUUACUUCACCUGGGACCUCUUGGAGCAGCUGAACGCCGGGAAGUGGUUUCUGGAGAACAAACCCUUCUACCACAUGCCUCCCUCCUCGGCUGAAGACGAAGAACUGGCCAGGAACCAGACCAUUUUCAAACUGAGCGAAUUCCUGACCUUGGCGGACAAGGCCAACAAACUGGUCCUCUUCGACCUGUAUCGCCCUCCGAGGUUUCACCCCUACAGGAACAGCUGGAUCACCAGAACUUUGGAAGUGCUCCAGAAAGAAUCGAAGAUUAAACCCCAUUUGGUCCUCUGGUUGGACAAUCGGAAUCGGGGCUACGUUCAAUUUAAGGCUCCGGAAUUCCAACACAUUUCGUCCUCUGCCCAAACCAUUGAAUACCUCCAAAAGUGGAAGAUUGGAAAACUCAAUCUGGACUACCGAAAGUUGGCUACAAUCGAUAUUCGGAAAUAUGCAAAAGCCAACAUCACCACCAACCUCUGGGUGGUCAGCGAACCGUGGCUUUACUCCUUGGCCUGGUGUUACGGGGCAGAAUCGGUCACCACGGACGCCGUGCAGGUUCUGGGCAACGUCAGCCAACCGUUCUUCUUCUUGACGCCGCAGAAAUACAAAACCAUCUGGGUCACCACAGAUCUGCUGGCCCUGUUCUUCAUACCGCUCGUCUUUCUCGCCCACUGGUAA